AUGGCACACAGAGGAACCAUGAACACCUCGAGCAUUUACAGCACAUUCGGACGCCUCUUCCCGCACAACUUUUCUCUUUGGGAGCAUUUCCAGAAGAACUGGACCACCCGUGACUUUUCACCCUUCUCCAUUGACUUUCUGUUUGCAGGGCACGAGCCGGACACUAUAGUUUUAACGGUGAUGUACGUGAUAUCUUUCGUGACAGGAUUAGUAGGGAAUAUCAUGGCUCUGUGGGUGCUGACGCGCCGGAGGAACCGCUUGUCUGGAGCCUCAGCCACCAGGAGACUCCUGGUCAACCUGGCGGUGUGCGACAUGAUGGUGGUGUGCGUCUGCAUGCCGGUCAAUUUAGCGCACCAGGUGUGCAACGCAUGGGUGUUUGGAGACUUUUUGUGCCGCGCCGUGCCGUUCGUCCAGGCGGUGUCCGUUUCCGCAAGCGUUCUGAGUCUGGCCGUGAUUAGUCUGAACAGAUAUUACAGCGUUCACAGCCCGCUGCACGCCAGAUCUUUCUUCACGGCCAGCAGGAUGAUAUGCAUGAUAGCAGUCGUGUGGGUCGUGUCUUCUGCGUUGUGUUUGCCUUUGUUUUUUAUGAACACGACUAAAACGCUUUCCUUGUUAGACGGGCUGCACACGGUGACCGUGUGCGUGGAGAGCUGGUCGAAAGUCAAACUGCGCCAGGGUUACAACUUUUUACUCUUCUGCGCGUUGUACGCAUUCCCUGUAGUGUUUAACCUGAUUAUUUGCUUCCUGACCGGUUGGAAAUUGAGCAGAGGAGGCUCUUCGUCCAUAUCAGAUCCCAACCAGCUAGCGUUACCCUCUUCAACAUCGCGUCUGAAAACGCGCAAGAGGAUCGCCAAGAUGGUUUUCGCGCUCGUGCUGCUCUUCACUUUCUCCUGGCUGCCGCUUUAUGUCGUCGAUAUCUGGAUCGACUCUAACAUGCCCAGCUCUCCCGAUCGAAAUGAAGAUUUGAGCAACGUUGAGCAUCAUUGGAUUCUCCAAAGCAGACCCUUUGCGCAAUGGCUCGGUCUCACCAACUCGUCCCUCAAUCCUCUCUGCUACUGCUUUGUUGGAAACUUGUAUAGGUCUGCCAAGAGGUUCAGAGAAAGCUACAGAGAGAAGAUCUUAAGUCUGACCAACAAGUCUUCGAUCAGAAAUUCCGCGUCUAAAAUCCAGCAGCGCAACUCCGGAUCAUCCAAGAGAUUAGCGUCAGAAACGAGGAGUUACGAUCUUUCCAGGCUGACCCGAAGCAAAAGCUUGUCUUCGACGACUGUGUGUGAGAGCAUUUGA